GAUGGAAGGAGGCAAUCAUCAGGCCAUCGGGUAUUGCUCGCUGAUGAAUCGUCGGAGGAUUUGAAAGUUGGCAGGGUCAUCGUCCUUGCUGGAUCUCGUCCUCCACUGGUGGUGCUUGAAGCCCAAUCUUCGUGUUCACAUCGAUCUGAUGCGUGAUUCGUCCCAUGGACCACGACAGACCGAGAUGGGUGUACAUCCCAGAAGCACCAGGUCAUCACUACAUCCAGCGAUGCAAGUGAAAACAAGAAUCAUUGGUGGUGUGACUGGAGUGAUGCAUGUGAAAACAAGGAUGGUGGUGUGACUGGAGUGAUGAAUGUGAAAACAAGGAUGGUGGUGUGACUGGAGUGAUGGAUGUGAAAACAAGGAUGGUGGUGUGACUGGAGUGAUGGAUGUGAAAACAAGGAUGGUGGUGUGACUGGAGUGAUGGAUGUGAAAACAAGGAUGGUGGUGUGACUGGGAAGAAACAGACAUGGCAGCUGCGUGGAUUUUAUUUUUUCAGAGUGUCGAGGAGGAGGUAGACGAGGAGUUGGGCCAGGCCAGGGACGAGUAGAACCGAGUACACUAGAAGAGUACACUGGAAGAGUACACUGGAAGAGUAGGGAUGAGAAGAAACCGGGGAAAGUCGAAGAGUGGGGAUGAAUGAAUGUGGAGAGAGCGGAAGAGUGGCGGGUUAGGGGAGCGGGAGGAGAAGCUGGGUGUAGAGGAGGAGGAGGAGGAGGAGGAGGAGGAGUAGUGUUGGGAAGAAAGAGAGGUUGUUAUUACGACGAAUGCUUUCGUGUAACGGUGGCCGGUCGUCGAGCGAUCGAAAGGAGGAGGAGGAAGAAGAAGAAGAAGAAGAAGAAGAAGAAGAAGAAGACGAAGAAGAAAGACGAAGAAGAAAGACGAAGAAGAAAGACGAAGCAGAGGACGUUGGUAAUUGAAUGGAAUGACUCUGGACUUUUUUUUUUUUUUUUUUUUUUCCCCCUCUUGCCUUUGUUCCGGGAUGCGAAGCGAAGGCGACCACGAUAACAGUAGGAGUGUAUCCAUUUGAUGCUAGUGAGGGGAGCGCGGGGGAUGAGAUUGGGGAGGUGAACGUCGGUGCUGUUGGGGAUGAUGUUGAAGACCAGAGGGACAUGGUGGUGAUGGCAGCGGAGAUUGUCUGCGAAAAAGGGGGGGAGUCAAAGAAGGGAUGGAGGAGGGAAAGGAGAAGAGGAGAGUGACAGCGGCGCGGUGAAGAUGGUGAUGGGAAUGACGGUGGGGAUGGUGAUGACACCGGCGCGGAUGGUGACGACAACGACGACGAUGAUGCUGAGAGAGAGGGAGAAUGUAGGGAGGACGAAAAUGGUGGUGAGAGAGAGGGAGAAUGCACCCAAGCGCUUUACAGGGGAAGAGGGGUGCGAAUGAUUCCCGAAGAACGGAUCUUGAGCCCGCCGCCGCCGCCGCCGCCGCCGUCGUCUUUGCCCAGUGUGAAAAGGGGGGCGGGAAACAAGCUUUUUUGGGAUCCGCAGACAAGCGGCGAAGAUGGUGAGGUUGUUGCCCUUCAGAUCUCGUGUGAACAGCAGCGAUGACGAUGCAGCGUGCGAUGAGAUUCCCAGGGAAAUCACGAAAACGCCGAGCAAGACGGGCGAUAGCGGAUGGCUUCUUCGGUUCUUUGACUCAUCCUUCUUCAACGAGUGGAUCGCUGUGUCGUACCUUUAUAAGCAUGAGCACACGGGGGUGAGGGAUUACCUUUGUAAUCGGAUGUACACACUCUCCGAGAGUGGGGUGGAGAACUACCUCUUCCAGCUGUGCUACAUGCUAGUCCAUCGGCCCAGCGCGUCUCUGGACAGGUAUGUGGUGGACAUGUGCUCAAGGUCUUUGAGGAUUUCAAUCAAAGUGUAUUGGUUUUUGCUGGCAGAGGCGGAAGAUUCAGAGAACUCGACGGAGAUAUGGAAGUUGAUUGAGCGGUGUGAGGAGGCGGUGCUUCGGGCGGAUUGGAAGCCACCGUUCAGGCCGGGGGGGAAGGCGGCGGGGGGGGGGGGGGGGGGGGCUCUGAGUCGGGGAGGAGGAGGAGGAAGGGGGGCAGAAGAUGGCGCGAGCAGCAAAGGCGGCGGAAGACGGCUUCUGGCGCGCUUAUCUUCCCCCCGCAAAUUGUUGUCGUUUCCGGCGUCGGCUUUGGCUUAUUACCCUUCUCCUCGGAAGGGAAGCAGCAGCAGUCAGAAGGAGCAGAGGAAGACGGCGACUUCAGGGGGGAGCAGCAGCAGCAGCGCCGUCGGGGGCAUCCCUAAGGGAGCAGCAAGCUGGGGGAUGGUCGCGGGGUGCGGCGGCAUUCUGCCCUCUCCAUCCGGUCGCAGCGCACAAGGCGCGCAAGGCGGCACGUCGGGAUCUGAAGACGCGGAUUCGGAGACGUCGAUGUCGACUAGGAAAGCAGGAGAAGGGCGGCGUGAAGGAGGUAGCGGCGGGGGGGUGGCGGGUGCUGCUGACGAGGGGGAGAGCACGCCGCGAUUGCUCAAGCGCUUUUUGUCGGGGCCGAAGAUGAGAAGGAACCUGAAGAAAGUGUUCAGGGAGAAGGAGAAUGGAAAGACGAUGGGGGGGGGGGGGGAAGAAGAAGGGGGGGCUGCCACCGCUGCGGCUGGCAUCGCAACGAUGACGGUUAAGAAGAAGAGGGGGGGGGGUGUGGGGAGCGGAGGGAGCGGGGACGAUGGGGAGGGCUUUCUUCGAAAGCUCUUCCGAGAGAGGGUGGAAGAGGACGAGAAGGCGGCCGCUGGUUCGUCUGCCUGGACAGCCGCCAUGCCUACAAGAGGGGCAGAGGACUCUGACAGCUUUUUUAGGAGGUUUUUCAAGGAGAAGGCUGAGGAAGAGGACAAGUCCGGUGUGGGUAGGAGGUUGUCGAAGGAGAAGGGUGGAGAAGAGGAGAAGGCAGGUAGUGGUGGUCGUAGGGUGGGAGGAGGGAGGGAGGGACGUAAGGGUGGUCGCGGGGGAGAGGUGCGUGUGCCGAGGAAGUUGUUCGAGGACGUGCCUGAGGAGGAGGAGGAGGAGGAGAAGGUGGGGGGUGGGUGGAAAGCAGGGGGAGGGGUAGAAGAGGCGGAGGGCUUUUCUCUGCGAAGGCUUUUUCCGACGACAGCGGCAUUUAGGGUUGCUGCGGCUGUGGAGGAAGAGAAAGGGGAGAGUGAAAGCUCCUUCUUCAAGAAAUGGUGGAGAGAGAGGCCGGAGGAGGAAGAACGGGCGAAGAUGGAGGAAGGAAUGUCGAUGGACGAGGGGAAGGAGGAGGGGAGGGAGGGUGAGAGAGAGGAGGAGGGAGGGGCACCCCCUCCGCCGGCAGCGGAAGAUGCUUGCGAGUUGGCCAAGGAGGAUGGGUUUUUCCGAAAGUUUUUCCGAGAUAAGGGGGACGCGGAGGAGGAGAAGUCGGAUGGGGAGGGUUUUUUCCGCAAAUGGUUCCGGGAUAGGGGGGGCAGUUCUGACGACGAGAGGGGCUCUGCUGGCGCUCUGCCGGCUUCCCAUAGGACGAUGGGAGCGGGGGGUGGUGGAGGGGGUGGGGACGAAGGAGCAGAGGGUUUUUUUCUCCGGAGGUUUCUGUUUCGAGAGAAGGGAGAAGGGGAGGUAGAUGCAGGGGACAGCAACAGGAACAGCUUUCCUCGAUCUGAAGGCGAGGGUCCUGAUGGGUCCUUCCUUCGGCGGUUCUUUAGAGACAGUAAGACGGCGGAUGUUUUAUUGGGAGACACAGCUGGCAGUGGUUUGACCGAACCUCAACAACAACAACCUGCUGAACUUGGCUGCAAUUCUCCUCCUCCUCCUCCUCCUCCUCCUCCUGCUGCGCCUUCUCCUUCUCCUCCUCCUAAUCCUCAUUCCGCUGCUGCUGCUCCUGCCUCUCGUCGUCUGUCUCCAUUCCGCUCUGCUUCUCGAGAAGGAGGGCGCGAAUCCGCCUCGAACAGCGAGAGAAUUGAGAAGAGGAGGUCGAUCAGUGUUGCUUCUCCGCCACCUCUUAACGGAUGCUACCCUCUAGAGACUGUAGUAGAAGAAGUGCUUACGACGUCUGUAGGCAGGUCCUCGUCGGUGGAUGGAGAAGAUCUCGACGGCAGGGCGACGGUGAAGGAAGAGGAGAAUUCUUGUGCCACGUAUGGGAAUGGCGAUGAAGCUGGAUGUACUGUGAACCAGGACGAACUUGUCGACCAGGAGGGUCAGAACUCGCACCAGCUGCCCAAGGUAGGGAGAACGGGAGGGGAGCAAGGACAGCUAGGGUGCGCGAUGGAGGAAGGGGUUGGUGGUCCCGGCGGAAAUGCCCGGGUGCUUGCCGACCUGGCGACCUGGCCUGUUGCUGCUGCCGGAAACAACUCUUCGGGCAGGGGUCGAGAGGAGGGUAAUGGGUUGAAUCCGUCUUAUGUGGAUGAUGCCAAUGGGGAGAGGGAGGAGAGGGAGGAGAAGGUGGAGGAGGAAGCAGGACAAGAAAGAACCACAAGGAGCACGGAGGGGGAGGUUUCGCAAAGGGCGCAGGGCGGGGAUUCGGGAAAAGAGGAAGUGUUGAGCGCAGUUCACACAUCCAACGAGCGGGUGUGUCCUCUCAUGACCGGAUUGACCAAGGGUGGAGGAGAAGGGGAGGGUGAGCGGAUGGAGAGGGAGAGACGGGAAGGCGUAGAAGGAGAGGGAGAGGGGGAGGGGAAGGGGGUGGCGACAGGAGGAAGUGUGAGUCCUGCUGAGGAAGCACGUGAGGAGGCGGAGAAAGCGGGGGAAAGGGAGGUGAUGGUGGAGGACAUGAGGGGUGGGAGGAGGGCACACGAGGAGGAAAAGCCCGAAGCCGAAUCUUCGAAAGAGGGUGGAAGUUCAGCUGCAGAGGCGGGAGCAAUAGGAGAAGUGGGAGGGGUAGGGAUCGCUACUACGGAGCCCAAGUGGAACCUGUUUGGAAGAGUGAAAAAGCUGUGGCCUUUAUCUGAUGACACAGGGGAUAAAGAGGAAAGAGAGAGUGCGAGUGUGCAGUCCGAUCAUCACCCACUUAAGUCAGGUUCUCCUAGUCUUCCUCCCCCAUCCAAUGCCGCAGUUGCCGCUGCUGCCGCCGCUGCUGCUUCGGCCGCUUCUGCCGCCGUUGUCGCCGGAGGUUUACUGGCAGCAACGAGCAGAACGCUAUUUGGCUCCUUUGCUAGUGGAAGCAGAGAAAAGCCAGGAGGAGAGGGAAGGGAGAAGAGUGGAACUUUGUAUGAAGAUGCAGCGACUGAAGACGAAUCCACUAGAAGAGAAGCGACUGAAGACGAAUCCACUAGAAGAGAAGGUACGAGGGACGAUGAAACAGAAGGCACGGAAGAAGAGAUGGGCGGUGCCGUUUCUGGUGGCGAGUCUGUCAUUAGCAUUUUCACAAGGAGCCGGACCAGCGAAAGGGCAUUUAGCAAGAAGCAAUCUUCAAGGAAAUCUGAGGGGUCGAGGUCGAAAGUGAAGGUGCCCAAGAAUCCGUGUUUCCGGAUAAGGCCAGGCUCGUUUCAUGCAACCUUGGACUUUGCACGUGCUCUUUGUGAUGCAUCAGCUGGGCUCGUUGAUGUGUACCCUCUGGAAGAUAGGCAACUAGCUCUCCGUCAGUCGCUGGCUGAGCUUAAUGGGCACUUGGAGUCGGCAUCACCAGAUUCAGGUGUCUGCUUUCCGGGUGGAAAGGGUCUUGCCAGAAUUGUUCAUAUUCCUGAGGAGGAGGCGGUGCUGCUUAACUCGAGAGACAAGGCUCCUUUCAUGAUAUUUGUUGAAGUCCAUCGUAUGGAUAGCGGUGCAGAUGAAGAGUCAGAUAACAAGAAGCGAGGUGGGAUCCCUUUGGCAAGCUGUGAUUCUAUGUUGUCGAAUCCUCCGCCUUGGGCUCUGCCAGGUGGGCCUAGCCCAUUGUUGGUUGGGAAGUAUGGGUGUCAAAUGAUGACAACAUCAGAGGUCAUUGACAAGGCUCUAGCCGAUCUGUGGGCGACAAAAUUGAAGCUUGUGACCAUAAGCAUGACCGUGAUGAAGAGAAAAAGGGAGAGGAGUGAAGAGAGUGGCAAAGUGCGAGACUAUUGUAGUCACGAAAGGGAGAUGCGUGGAGAGGUAAUGAAUUCCGACGUCGGUGAUUCCCACAACGGGGAUGCCGGGAACGAGGCUGCGGGUAAAGACGGAGGGCUUUCGGAGCAGGACAGGGUUGUUGCAGAAUCAGUUGAGAACUUGCAGGAGAAGGAAGAGGAGGAAGAGGCGGAGGAGUGGGUGUCUGUGAACUUGGUGGCUCUUGCUGGCGUGAACAUGGAAGAUGUGGAGCUUGAUGAGACAAACGUGAAAGAAAGGAAGAAGGAACAUAAGAGAGUCCCAAGCACAGUGGCCAUGGAGGAGAUGAAGGCGGCCACUGAGAAAGGCGAUAUGGUAUCGAUUGGCUUUCCCCCAAUGGUAGUGGGAGAUGAUUCCUGUGGAGGGAAUGCGACCGUGGACGAAGCUGAUGCUGUUAGGAGAGCAGCUACUGAUGCUGUCAUGGGGGAAAGAUGGAUAGACAAGAAAGAGAGGUUGAGAAAAGCUUCUAAGUAUGGGAGUGUGCCAAACUGGGAUUUGAGAUCUUUGAUUGUGAAGAGCGGGGAUGACUGCCGACAAGAGCACCUUGCAAUGCAAUUGAUCUCACAUUUCCAUGACAUCUUUGGGGAAGCGGGGCUUCCGCUUUGGCUGCGGCCCUAUGAAGUGCUGGUAACCUCGUCACACACGGCAUUAAUCGAGACUAUACCUAAUGCGGUCUCUAUUCAUGCUGUGAAGAGCAGAACACCGGGGAGCCUGCGGGAACAUUUCCAUGCAAAGUAUCGUAAGAAUUCACCAGCCUUCAAGUUAGCUCAGCGCAACUUUGUUGAGAGCAUGGCUGGGUACUCGAUUCUUUGUUAUUUUCUUCAGAUUAAGGACAGACAUAAUGGGAACAUUCUGCUCGAUGACGAGGGACAUGUAAUCCACAUCGACUUCGGGUUUAUGUUAUCGAACUCUCCAGGUGGCGUCAACUUUGAGAGUGCACCAUUCAAACUCACAAGGGAGCUGUUGGAGGUAAUGGAUUCGGAUGCGGAUGGGUCGUCCAGUGAGCCAUUUGAUUACUUCAAGGUGCUGUGCAUCCAAGGGUUCCUGACAUGUCGCAAACAUGCAGAACGAAUCAUACUUCUGGUGGAGAUGAUGCAGGAUUCUGGCUGCCCAUGUUUCAAGGGAGGAAUAAAAACGAUCCAGAAUUUGCGGAAACGGUUCUGUCUUUCCUUGACAGAAGAGCAAUGUGUGUCAUUAGUCUUGUCGCUCAUCCACAGUAGCCUGGAUGCAUGGAGAACAAGGCAGUACGACUACUAUCAGAGGGUGUUAAAUGGGAUUCUGUGAUAAGUCGAUGUCGUGCAGUUUAACUGGAACUUAGCUGGGAUUUGUAGCAUUUGUUUGAGUCAGCUGCGCAGUCAAUCAAGGUGAUGCUGAAUUUGGUAUUAAAAUCCGGUACAGUACACGGAAAGGAAGGAGAUCUGCCGGACACUGCAGCAGGAAGUUCUCAGGUCCAGCAGAAAAGCAGAUGGACUUGGACUCUUGGAGAAUGAUUGGUGGAAAAGAACUCCAUAUACAUUAAUAUUAUGUUUUAUUAUAUUAUAUUGGUUUUGGUCACGUCCGAAAAACACGUAGAGUGCGGACGAAAGGUUUGCAGAUGCUCCGCAUGCUUCCGUCUACCUGUCUUUCCUUGGAUGCCUGUGGGCUUGUUUUUCUACAGAGAGAGAGAGAGAGAGGCUCCACAUGCUUUGCUUCUAUUCGUCUUUGCUUUGAUAACUGUGGGCAUGUCUUUUAGCAUGCUUUGCUUCUAUUCGUCUUUGCUUGGAUAACUGUGGGCAUGUCUUUUAGUAGAAAGAGAGAGAGAGAGAGAGAGAGAGAGAGAGAGAGAGAGAGAGAGAGAGAGAGAGAUUCUUUCGUGUGGUUGAUCAGAGGGUUGGGGUUCGGACAUCCAGUUGAGUAAUGAAAUGUAGAAGUUUCG